AAUUUUUUGUUUUGGCCAAAUGAUCGUACACAGGUAGAAUUGAUUAUACAACAAUGAGUAUAUCUCGUAUCGAUUAAACGUUUUCUUUCGUUGUAUACUUUAAGUUUAAUAAACGUAGGUCACUAUCUUUAAAACAGGAGAUAGAGUCAUGGAGACGUUAACUCUCCUUUUACAUAUUUUUAUAUCAUAUUUAGGCCUACUUCACCCAUGCAGCAGUACCUAUCCAAUGUUAUUGACAGAGGGCUAUCAAGGUAGAGUAGAAAUAUUUUAUAAUGACGAGUGGGGAACAGUUUGCGAUGACAGGUUUGCUAUGCAAGAAGCACAUGUGGUUUGCCGACAACUCGGAUUCUUACAAGCAAACACAUUCAAUGUAGCCUACGGAGGCGGAUCCGGAACAAUACUCAUGGAUGAUGUGAAUUGUGACGGCACAGAAUCCUACAUCUGGGACUGUGAUUUUAAUGGCUGGGGUGUACAUAAUUGCGAACACUGGGAGGACAUCGGCGUUGUAUGCGACAAGCCCAUAAUGACAUGUCCAUCUGACACCACUGUGGACACUGACAUGGGCUCUGCGACGAAAUCGAUUGACUAUUCAGGUGAUAUAUCUGCAACUAGCAGCUCAGAAGCAGUGCCAUUUAUCGUGCCUGGUCCUGCAGAGAUAUUCCCAGUAACUCUUGUCAUUGGACCGACCACAUUCAGCUUUACAGCUACGGACACGUUGGGAAAUAAUGGCAGUUGUACUUUUACAGUAACAGUUCAAGACAUUGAAAAACCUACAUUGACAUGUCCAUCUAACGUGACUGUGGGAAAUGAUAUGGGAGCUACCACGGCGUCGGUUGAUUAUUCAGCUUCAAUAAAUGCAAGCGACAACACAGGAGAUGUCAUUACCAUCUUGCCUGAUCCAUCAACAACAUUUCCAACUAAUGUAGGAAUGGGAACAAACUUAUUUGUGUUCACUGCUACAGACUCAUCAGGAAAUAAUGAUACUUGUACAUUUUCCAUAACAGUUCAAGAUAUCGUACAACCAACAUUGACAUGUCCGCCUGAUACGAUCGUGAAUACCGACAUGGGUGCUGUUACGGCGUCGGUUGAUUAUUCCGGUGUAGUAAUUGCAAGUGACAACACAGGAUAUGUUCCUAAUAUCUCACCUGAUCCCACAGCAACAUUUCCGGUCAAUCUAGGAAUGGGAGCAAACAUUUACACCUUCACAGCUACGGACUUGUCAGGAAAUAUUGGUAGUUGUACGUUUACAAUUACAGUCCAAGACAGUGUAAAUCCUGCAAUAACAUGCCCAUUUAACGCGACUGUGGAUACUGACCUGGGUGUAGAUACAGCAUCUGUUGACUAUUCUGGUUCAAUAAAUGGAAGUGACAACACAGGAGUUUUUCCUACUAUUUCGCCGGAUCCAGCAGCAUCUUUUCCAACUACUCUAGGAAUUGGACCAAACACUUUUACCUUUACUGCCACGGAUUUGUCUGGAAAUAAUGGUACUUGUACGUUUACAAUCACUGUUCAAGAUAUCGUACGACCUGCUUUGACGUGUCCAUCAGACAUGACUAUUGAUUCUGACUUAGGCGUUGCAACAGCUUUAGUUGACCAUUCCGGUUCAAUAAACGGAAGUGAUAACACAGGCGUUGUUCCUAUCAUCUCGCCUGAUCCAACAGCACUAUUUCCAACUAAUAUUGGAAUCGGAACAAAUCGAUUUAGCUUUACAGCUACAGACCCGUCGGGUAAUAAUGGUACUUGUAUGUUUACAAUAACUGUUCAAGAUAUCGUACAACCUACAUUGUUGUGCCCAUCUGACACGACUGUGGAUACUGACAUGGGUGCUGCUACAGCGUCGGUUAACUAUUCUGGUUCAAUUACUGGAAGUGACAACACAGGGCUCGUCCCAACUAUCUCACCUGAUCCCACAGAAACAUUUCCAGCUGCUAUUGGAAUUGGAACACACACAUUCACAUUUACAGCCACAGACUCGUCCGGUAAUACUGAUACUUGCACGUUUUCAGUAACUGUUCAAGGUCAGUGA